CUUCUCGAGCUGUUUUAUUUGGGUUCUGGAAACGAAGCGGAUAACAUCAUUUAAUUCUUCAACAAUGGAUCUACUAAGUCCAGAGGAGUAUGUGCUUAUAGCCCAGAGAACGCUUCCAGAAAUCGACAAGACCCAUCUCAUAGUACUAAAUUCUCAGCUGGAUGCCGGUUCCAAUGAUCUUAUGGGAUACAUGGGCGAGUACUAUAAAUUGCACUUGGAGGUAGAAGACAUAGAGGAAAAGGAAAAGCAUUUCCUAAAAUAUUUUAUCAAAAGUUUGCCCCGCAAAAAUGAGCCACAAAGAGAAGAAUGUGAACGCAAGGGAGUUUUUCAUAAGGAAUCAGCCGUCUACACUCAUAUAUUACCCAACAUUCAAAAAUAUGCCACAAAGAAGCUUUUUCCAAAAUGCUACUACAGUCGGAAUGACAUUCUAGUUCUAGAAGAUCUCACCCAGAACUAUAGACACCUCAAUGCCAACGAAAGCUAUACCUUAGAUCAUUAUAAACUGGUGCUGGAACACUUAUCUGAAUUACAUGCUGCAAGUAUUGCUUGGGAAGAAAAGGAUAAUUUAAAUAUUUACAAAAAUUACAAAGAUGUGCUUAUUGAAUUGCAUUUGGACGCGAAUAAUUCUUGGUACAUAACUGGACUUAAGGCCAUUGUUUUUUUAGCAGCCCGUCAUCCGCAAUAUCAAACAAGUAAAGCUCAACAAUUUAUCCAAGAUAAGCUUUACAACUUACUAACCAAAGCUGAAAAAUUGGUUGAACCCUCACAGACUAUUAGAAAUGUACUAUGUCAUCGUGAUGCCUGGGAUCGUAAUAUCCUAUAUCAUUUCGAGAACAAUUCUUCAGUUUUACCCAAUGCUUGUUGCAUUGUAGAUUUUCAGAUAGCCAAGUACUGUUCUCCCACUUUAGAUGUUUUGUUCCUACUUUAUAUUGUUGCAUCCGUUGAAGUCAGAAAGGAGAUAUAUGAUGAGUGCCUUGAGCACUAUUAUAAUGGCCUGGAAUCUCAUCUCAAUCGCAUGGGUUUGGAAAAGAGUCUUAUAACUCGAGAGAUAUUUCUGAAAGAAAGCCAACGAACUCGAUUAGCAGCACUACUUAUUUGGGCUCUCACCGAGCCUCAGACCAAAAUGUCGCCUAGUAUUUCGAAUAGAUUGCGAUCCGAAGAGCCAGAGAAGUUUGACUAUUAUCUCAAUGUCGAUCGGAGUGAACUGUUACUAAGGGUAAUGGACAUUCAACCUGGUUAUGAGGAGAUUAUCAUGUCGCCCAUCAGGGAACUGGUGGAUUAUCUCAUGGAGAAUGAGAAUUUAUAUGCCUAGAAAGCUUUUCUGUUAUCUGUAGAUAAAUGUGAAUUUCGUUCGCUUGAAUAAAAAUUACGUUUACUUUCAUUUUGAAAAA